CUCUAUAGCACAACAUGCCCGGCUUCGCGCAGGCGUCUGACCUCAAUGCCUGGUCGGCUCUCCAGGACCACCACGAGAAGCUCGGAAAGGACAUCGUCUUGAAAGAGUACUUCAAGAAGGACCCCAAGCGAUUCGAGAAGUUCAGCCGUACCUUCAAGAACGACGCGGAAGACUCAGAAAUCCUGUUCGAUUUCUCCAAGAACUUCAUCACCGAUGACACACUGAAGCUCCUAGUUGAGCUGGCCAAGGAGGCUGGUCUCGAGAAGCUUCGCGAUGACAUGUUCGCCGGCGAGAAGAUCAACUUCACCGAGGACCGUGCUGUCUACCAUGUCGCUCUCCGCAACACUUCGAACAAGAAGAUGGAGGUCGCUGGCAAGAGCGUCGUCGAGGGCGUCGACGACGUGCUGGACCACAUGAAGGAGUUCACCGAGCAGGUGCGCAGCGGCGAGUGGAAGGGCUACACCGGCAAGAAGAUUGACACUAUCAUCAACAUCGGUAUUGGUGGUUCCGAUCUUGGCCCAGUCAUGGUCUCCGAGGCUCUCAAGCCUUACUCCGACCGCAGCCUCAAGAUCCACUUCGUCUCCAACAUCGACGGAACCCACAUCGCCGAGGCGCUGAAGGACUCCAACCCCGAGACUUCUCUCUUCCUCAUUGCCUCCAAGACCUUCACCACAGCUGAGACAUGCACCAACGCCAACACUGCGAAGACAUGGUUCUUGAAGAGCGCCAAGGAGGAGGACAUCGCCAAGCACUUUGUGGCUCUGUCGACCAACGAGGCCGAAGUCACCAAGUUUGGUAUUGACAAGAAGAACAUGUUCGGUUUCUCCGACUGGGUUGGUGGACGUUACAGCGUCUGGAGUGCCAUUGGUUUGAGCGUUGCUCUUUACAUUGGCUUCGAGAACUUCCACCAGUUCCUGGCUGGUGCACACUCCAUGGACAAGCACUUCCAGGAGACUCCUCUGGAGCAGAACAUUCCCGUUCUUGGUGGUCUGCUUAGCGUGUGGUAUUCGGACUUCUUCGGUGCCCAGACACACCUUGUUUCGCCCUUCGACCAGUACCUCCACAGGUUCCCUGCUUACCUCCAGCAACUGUCUAUGGAGUCGAACGGAAAGGCCAUCACUCGCAGCGGCGACUACGUAAAGUACACCACCGGCCCAAUCCUCUUCGGCGAGCCGGCCACCAACGCACAGCACUCUUUCUACCAGCUGCUCCACCAGGGAACCAAGCUGAUCCCCACCGACUUCAUCAUGGCUGCCCAGAGCCACAACCCAGUUGACAACAACAAGCACCAGAAGAUGCUUGCUUCCAACUUCUUCGCACAAGCCGAGGCCCUCAUGGUCGGCAAGACGCCUGAUGAGGUCAAGGCUGAGGGUGCUCCCGACAACCUUGUUUCCCACAAGACCUUCUUGGGCAACCGACCUACGACAUCCAUCUUGGCCGACAAGAUCACGCCCGCCACUCUUGGUGCGCUGAUUGUCUACUACGAGCACCUCACCUUCACCGAGGGCGCCAUCUGGAACAUCAACAGCUUCGACCAGUGGGGUGUGGAGUUGGGCAAGUCCCUGGCCAAGAAGAUCCAGGCUGAGCUUGACGACAGUGCCGAGUCUACGUCGCACGAUGCCAGCACAAGCGGCCUCAUCAACGCAUUCAAGAAGAAGGCGUCUUUGUAGAUGAUGAAAAUGGCGUGCGAGAGCGACAGCUGUAAUGGCUGAUGAAUUGACGACUUUGGAAAAUGAACUAUAUCAUAAGGAUCCUGAAUGAGAUGGACAAUUGAA